CCAAGCUGAGACCGUGAGCGACGGUCACGUGGAGACCACAGACGAGUUCUAUGAAUCCGAGGAGGAUUCAACUUAUCAACCGGGAACUGAGCCAGUUGAGACCCCAUAGGAUGGGGAUUAUGAUGACGAUAGUGAAGAGAGCGAUGAUAAUAACGCUCUCAAGAGGAUUGAGGAAUUGUUUCGGCAAUACCAACAAGAUCGCCAAAGGUGUCGGGCAAGGCGUGCUUCGGGAGGGGCUUCCAGAAGAGGAAGCCGUGUUAGCCCUAGGGGACAUGAGGAACCCCGAGGGGGAAGAGGUGUCGAGGUCCCAAUAAUAAGGAUCUCGAAAUACCUAAAAGAAGCAAGGGAUUUGGGGUGCAAACCGUUCGAUGGAAUGGGAGACAUCUCCAUUGCGUUUGAAUGGAUCAAAAGAUUUAACGAGGCGGCCCUUGACAUGCAGCUGCCGCCAAACAUGAAAAUGAGAGUAGCAACGAUGUUGCUAGAAGGCAUGGCGUCCACGUGGAGGAAUGUAAUUAAAGGGAAGUACGGUGAGGUCGUCACUUGGGAGAACUUCCGACAAGAGUUCUUUAACCAAUACUACUCCGACUUCGAAGUAAACAUGAAGAGGAGGGAGUACACGAACUUGACCCAAGGAGGUCAAUGCACUGUGAAAGAACUAGAGCACAAGUUCAGAAAACUUGCUGAAUUCAUUCUGGAGUACAUUUGCGAUGAGAAUCGGAUGGUGAUCCAUUUCUGGAAUGCCUUGGACUUGGACGUGCGUGAGAGGGCAACACAAUUGCCUAACAUGACGUUCAGUCAAGUAGUUGAGCAAGGCUUGAACGGAUAAAUAGAAUGGGAGGAAAGGAAGCUGAAAAACGCCGAGGAGGCGAAGAAGAGAAAGUGGGAAAACCACAGCCCCCAAGGUUCUAACAAAAAGGGGAACCAUGGGGGAGGAGGAGUUUUCAAGACACCGGCACCACCAUCGAGGGGGAAUCCCAGCAUGGGUGGGAAAAAUUCGGGGUCACAAACCUCAGCGAAGCCUAAGUGCAGGAAUUGCAAGAGAAAUCACGAGAGCAAAUGUCGUGAUCCCCCACGGUGCUACCAAUGCGAAGAUACGGGGAACAUAAGGCCAAACUGUCCUCAACUUGGUGGGAACUAGGCACCAGGGCCAAGCAAUGCAAUCACAGUGAGUAGAAGCCGGGGUGGGGUGCCAAAUGCAAGUGUGGGUCACAGCGGGGGCAAGUACAAGCAACGCACCCUCCGUGAACCAAGGAAGGACCCAAGCUAGGAUCUAUGCAAUGACGGAGGCGAAUGCUCGAGCUAACCCAGAUUCGGUUGCAGGAACACUAAAGAUUAAUGGGAGAAGUGCGAGAAUCCUUAUCGAUACCGGGG